AAAGAGGGAGGAGAAAUGGCUUCUUAUUUCACCACCAUUUCCUCUGGGGCUUUCACCCAUUUCCCCACACCCAGGGGAGGGAGCAGCAGGCAGGCUUGGCCCAGAGAGCCCCCAGCCAGGCCCAGAGGCAGCGGACAGGGGCGGGUCCUGCAUAGGCCCAGGCCUCCCUACUCCCUGCCCCCUCCCCACCUGCAGUCUUUGCCUUCCUCAGCUCUUCUUCCCAGACAGGCUGGGCGGCUGCUGACCCUGCUAGCUCUGGCGCCCUCUCCUCAGGGCGGCUGCUGCCACCAGCUCAGAAAGAGGGCCAUGGCCUGGGAGGCCCCGCACCUGCUGCCCCUUGUCCUGCUGGUGCUCCUGGCCUCAGGCUCCUGGGAACAGCAGCCAGAGCCGCUGCGGAAACUGGAAGGGGAGGAAGUCUUCCUAAGGUGCAAUUAUCCACCCCAGCAAGGUUGGAAGAAGAAAACCUGGUGCAGAGUAACACCAGCAGGAACUUGUGCCUUAUUAGUCACCCAUCCCAGGCGCAGCCGGGAGCCUGGAAACCCACGAUACAUCAUCAGGGAUUACCCCCUCCUGGGGUACUUCACCGUCACCAUGACUGCGCUGGCAGAGACGGACUCGGGCUUGUAUUCGUGUGGACUCUAUGAAUCUCCCCAGGUCAUUAAUCUCAGAACCGUCCGUCUGGCGGUCUCUCGGGCUCCAACCCCGCCCACCACCACGACCACCAGGACCACCACGACCACCAGGACCACCAGGACCACCGGGACCACAGCCGGGACCUUAGCCAUCAGCCCUGUCAUUGACAGCCCCCCAGGCCACGGGAAUGUCAUCCUCAGCGUGAUGGUGGUGCUCCUGCUGCUGGUGGUGCUGGCCCUCCUGGUGAUCCUGUACUUCUGGCAACGGCGACGAGCCAGGGCAGGUGAGGGCAAAGCCCAUCACAUCCAUGGCAUUUCCACCCAUGAGGAUGAGACUGUGCAUCGGACGGAUCCCCCCGCACGUCAGAGGGACUCUCAGCUUUCCUGGGGCUCCGACAAGCAGCUAGGCUCUGUCAAGGACACUGGGGACAUCCACUAUGCCUCAUUUACCCACCUGGACCCCUUCGGCCUGGAGGACCCCAUCUACAUCAACACCCGCCCCGGCCUGAGGCCCACACCUGACCCAUUUCUGGCUGUGGAAUAUGCCAGCAUCGCUAAAAACUGAGCCCUGCGCCCCAGCCGGCUGCCCAGGAGGAGCCCAGGAUCAGAAGGCAGACGUCACUUCGCAGUGAGCACCUGUGGGAGGCACAGGGCUGCUCUCCCAGGGACGGGUGACUUCUUGUGGCCGAGACGGUCCCAAACCAUCAAGGGCCAUCCCUUCCUGCGGAGGAGAUGAGGAAGGGGGGGCAAAGGAAGAAAAGCCUUAUCACCCAGAGGAGAGAAGCUUUGAGUCUGAGGGCUGCAGGGCAGAUGGGGACCAAGGGGUUUCUGGAUACCUGCCCACUCCCCUCUGACUGGAGAGGGCCUGGGACCCAGUGCUUCUGAGUAACCCAAUCUUCACCCCCCUCUCUGGUCUCACUUCCUUCCUGACCUGGCUGUGAAAUCCUAACGGUUAGGAAAGUUCCUCUGCUGGUGACUGUCCCCAUGAGAGCCCCUCCCUUAACUGUCCCCUCAGGGCCUCAAGGCCUGGCUGGAAAGUUCUAUCUGCCACCCCAGCUCCUCUCCUCCUUCUUGGCCUCCUGAUUCUAAUCCAUCCUCUGGCAGGGCCCACACAGCUUCAUCAGAACUGCCUGGGGCUCCUCUGCCUUCCCUCCGCCCACUGCGUCUCAGGCAGACAGAGCGGUGAGCGAGAUGCCUGCUUCCCCGAAGUCCACGCCCACAGGGCCCUCUGGAGACAGGCCCUGAAGCGGGGCCCUGAGCCCUGGAACCCCAGGCCCUGUGGGCAGAAAGGGUGUGUCCUGUCACAUUAGGGGGAGGAUGACUUGGAAUCGCAGAUUCAUCUCUUCUCAAGAGUGACAUUAAAGGUCAUCGAAUCCAACAGUCAAAGGGAACCCCAGACCCCUCUGUGAGAUUCCAGUGUCAGGCGGUCUCUGCUCCCAUCUCUCCCAGGACUGGGGGCUCGCUGCCUCCUGCUCAGGUGGCUGGUUUGGGACUUUUCCAUCAGUACCUUGCUCGCCUUCAGUCAUGAUGGGACCUCAGCCUUGCCCACAGGAUGGAACCUGAGGACCAGAA